AAACCUCGCUCUAAAGAACAGCCUAACCAAGGAAUAAGCAAGAGGAACCCAGUAAUGCCAGAUGUUCAGUAAAAACCUAGACCUUGAGUUUGACUAUUUGCAGCCGUGCUUCUAUCCAGACCAAGAUGAUUUUUCUUUGUGCAGUCCAGACUCUGCUUCCCCAGGGGAGGACAUCUGGAAAAAGUUUGAACUGCUGCCUACCCCUCCUCUGUCUCCCAGCGGGGCAGGACUUCAGGUGAACCCCGCAGGAGGGGACCCAGUGCCAUGGGCAGGGGUGGCUUUCGGGGGAUUCCGAACCCAUGAUCCUCUGGACCGGCCAGCUAAACUGCUGCUGCCGGCUGAGGCCGACCUUUGGGGGAGCACAGAUGAAGGAGACUUAUUCAAGACAGGUUUGGGGGAAUGCAACAACCUCAGCUCCGUCGUGAUCCAGGAUUGUAUGUGGAGUGGCUUUUCUGCCCACCAGACGCUGCAGAGGGCAGUGAAUGAGAAACUGCAGGGCCAGUUGGGAGCAGCCCUGGCACCAUUGACAGCUGGCACAUCCACCACCAUCGCCAGCCCUGGGGCCACCAACAGCAACAGCCAAGCAGAGCUCCCCUGCUCUAUGUUGGAGUAUAUGGAUCCUGCAGAGGUGUUCCCCUUCCCCAUGAACAAGAGGGAGCCAGUGGCAGCAGCCCCAGCACCACGGGGAAGGGAUGGCAUCCAGGUGCACUUUAGUGGGAGCAGUGGGAUCGAAGAGGGGGCAGCCGCUGCCACCCAGCGCAGCAGCUGCCACACAAGUGCCACCAGCAGCUCAGGAGGUGAUACUCUCAGGGACUCGGAUGAGGAAGAGGAUGAAGUGGAAGACAUUGAGGUUCUGGCAGAGGAGAAAAGACACACUUCCUCCAAGAAGACUGUUAUGACUAUUAUUCUAAAGCAUUGCACCCCGAUUCACCAGCAUUAUUACUACGCCGCCACUUCCCCAUACAUUGAAAGUGAAUAUGCCCUGCUGCAGGAAAAGCUAAAAAAUGAGGUGCCCCAUGUCACAGAACCCAUGAUCCAAUCAGAGUCUAAGAGUUCAAGUCCUCAAAAUGUAGAGUCAGAGGAUAGCAAACGUCUACGCCUCAAUUGUCUGGAACGUCAGCGGAAUAAGGAUCUGCGCUCUAGUUUCCUCACAUUAAGGGACCAUGUACCUGAACUGGUUAAAAAUGAGAAAGUUGCAAAAAUACUCAUCUUGAAUAAAGCCACUGAUUAUAUCCAUUCCCUUCAGACAGAGGAACACAAGUUAUUGCUAGAAAAGGAAAAAUUGCAAGCCAGACAACAGCAGUUGCUAAUGGAAAUAGAACACAUGGAGACGUGUUAACUUUUUUUUUACCUGACCUGGACAGUCACUGCCACUUUGCACAUUUUUGAUUCUUUAAAAAAAAUUGUGUUUUCUGAUGUUAAUGUUGUUUUCCUUUCGAUCCAAUCCUUGAACUAGCUGACAAACUGUAUUAUCCGGGUAGAGAGUACAUGGAUGUUUUUGCAAGGAGUUCAACAGACUGCCAAACAACGAUGCACUGCCCUCGUAUUGCUUAAGAACUAUAGAUGUUCUUUAAAAGUUGUGAGCAUUUGGAGCUACUGAUGGCACCUAGUUGACUUUAAAAACAUUGAUUCCUAAUUUUGAAUGGUGCUUAUGUUCUACCAGAUGUAACUUCAAGGGUUACCAUUUGUACUUCUGUGGGCAUUUUCUGUAAACGCGAUGUACACACUUGCCUUUUGUACAUGUCUUGGAUUAUGAGAGGUGGAGAAGUUCAUACCUAAGUUCGGUAAUACCUCAAUGUUUGAGGAGCAUGUUUUUGUAUACAAAUAUAUUGUUAAUCUCUGUUAUACAGGCAGGGUAAGAAUUAGUACAGUACGUACUUUAGUAUGAUGCUGAGACAACUACAUUUGAUACUUAUAUUUUCAUGUGAAAAUGAGUUCUGAAAG